AUGAUACUGUUUUUCGGUUCAUGCUUUCUGGCUGCUAAAGCAAUGGUACACGAUGAGAUACCUCAGUGCGGUUUGACUGGAGUUUACAAAGCCCGGCAAAAUAUAUUGGAAUCACCUAAUUAUCCUGACAACUAUCCGAUCAAUACUUGCUGGGACUAUGUUAUACGGUCGCCGUUUCGCUGUCCUACCAAAUUUCAUAUACAAUUUUUGGAUUUUUUUUUGGAGUCAUCGACUAACUGUACUAACGAUUACUUGGCCAUAGGUUUGGAGAAUGACGAAAAUGAUAUGGAUGUGUUGUGUGGUCAGGUUAUUGGUAUAAAAAAGUAUCACACCCCGGAUGGAGUGUUGCGUUUGCGUUUCUUUGCAGACGAUUCGCCUUGGACCACUGGGAAAGGAUUUAAAUUGUUGGUCACACGAUUGGCAUGCGAGCGAGAAGAAAUGUUGCGUAAACAUGUCGACAAAAGCGAUGAGGAUACUGUUCAAAUUAAUGUACCGCCGGCAGUUAUACAACCACCAAGCACUAAUGUACCGGCACUAUUUCGAAAUUUUACUGCACAACAACAUAUACCGUUUUUGCCACAACCGUUAUUUGGUUUAAAUUUACCACAACAACUACCAGUACCACCUCCACCACCAAGUGGUUUUGGUGGUUUUUAUCUACCAGCAGUUGGAUAUAAUCCAACAACACAAAAUACCGCAUUAGUUAAUCCUAGUUUAUCUCAACUCAGUCCAGUAGCUAAUAGUUUUGGAAGAGAGCAACCUUGUCCGCAAACAAAGACUGAUACCACUGAUUUGCCAGCGCAAAAUUACUUGCCAACGCCGCAUCAAGCAUACUAUGGGCAAAUUUUACCUGGAAUUACUGAUCAAUAUCCAGUGAACUCUUGGCAAACGCAGCCACUGCUGAAAUCCGUGGAUGCUGAUGAAGCUUUACGGGCGGAAAAUGGUGUGGAGCUCUGCUGUUCUAGUAGUUUUCAGCAGAAACAUUUUUAUUUAUCAAGUCCUGGUUUUCCAAGAACUGUGUUUAGCGCUCUACUACCCACGCAAAAGCGAGAUUGUCAAUUUCACUUGGAGAAGGCCUCUACCAGUGUUUGCCGUUUACGAAUAGAAUUUAAAUUUUUUGAUUUCGGACAAACAUACAGUGGUUUGGAACGACGCCCCGUUAACUCUAAUGUGGCAGCAGCAGUUUCAAGAAAUCUCUGCACCGAAGACUAUAUACAAAUUGGACGACAACGUUUCUGCGGCUGUCGGACAGGUUAUGUUUACGUAGGUAAUUGGAGCAACAGCAGAAAAAUAAUACGCAUGCGCAUGGGCUAUUCUGGUCUACCAUCAAAUGGCUUCCUACUAGAAAUUUCACAGGAGGAAUGUAGUCCUGCGCAGCUACAGCAAAUAAAAUUAGGAAAUCGAAAUCGAUUACAGCAGAAUAAAAGAAAACAAGGUAAUCGCUUUGGAAUUAAUGGAAAUCUACAAGGGCUUCGACCGUUCCAACAACAAAACGUAUUACAACAACAGCAGCUGCAAUUACAAUUGCAGCAACAAAAAUUACAACAGCACAAGUUACAACAACAAAUCGAACAAUUGCAGCCACAACGAUUCCAACAACAGCAAUUCGAGCAAUCUGGCUUGAAUCAGCAAUGGUCACAAAAUUUACAAUUCCAACAACAGCAGCAACCACUUCUGCCAAUAACGCAACAACACUCUUACUAUCAACCAGGACAAAUAGGACAAAUAGGACCAAUCUCACCACAGCAUCAGCAACAGUUCCAAACAUUUUGGUCACUUCCGUUACAAUCGCUACAACCACUACAACCACUGCAACCAUUACAACCGCUACAACCACUACAACCGUUACAACCAAAUCAACUGUUAUAUCAGGCUCCAACACAAUCACAAUCACAGUCACAGUCACAAUCACAGUCACAGUUACAACCUCAAUUCAGAGAAUCUAGAGAUUUGCUGGUAACGCAGCCCACCGCUGUUCAACAGCCUGUCAGUGUUGUAGAAACGAACUCAACGCGUAAGGAAUAUUACUAUUUUGAUGGUGAUGAAGCACUAGCCCGUGCACGUUAUAUUGAUGAUGAAUUCGAUGAUGAUGAAUUUGAUGAUUUUGAUGAGCCGGAUAGUAAUGACUGGCAAACAAAUGUCAUUGAUGCACCAAUCACCCCAGAGGAGCGCAGUCAUUGCUCCUUUGAUACAUCUGAUAUAUUAAAAUUAUCCGUAGAUUCACUUUGGAUUACUAAGCCGACCUGCUAUGCUCCACAGCGAAAUUGGUUUGGCAAUAUUUUUGGUUAA